GUGUAAAUAGGGCACAGAAAAGGUCAAGGGAUCAUUUAUUUUAGGAAUUUUAUUGAUUUAUAUCAAUACAGAAUAAAGUUUAUAACGCAACAUUAUUGCUGGUUGAUACAACUUGAAAUGUAAAUGGGAAAUGUUGAAUUUACAAGUCACCUUGAGAAAGAUCAACUGGAUAGUUUAUCGUCAGAAAAGUUGGAUUUGAGCAGACGUUUGACGUCUGACCAGCUUGAGCAGGUUCGAAGCAUGGUUAAUAUAUUUAACUUAAUAUAAUAUUUUAAAUUAAUAAUAAUUGUAUAUGUUAUGUAUAAAGAACGUUUUUGAUUGGUUGAAAACUUGAAAUGCGUACUCAGUAACUCGAUUGAGCACGGCACAAAGCACGCGAAACUCUUGCCUCUUUUUUGGGAAAUAUUUCUUUGAGAGUUUUCCUAAAAAAAACUGAGAUGAGAGAUCAACCACAGAACGAGGCCUGGGUAUUUGUCGUCAGGGCCGUACUGGGGGAGGGUGUAACACCCCCCUAUAAUUGCUCAUGAGGUAGAUUUUCAGAUAAAUUCAGGUAAUUCUCAGGGCAUAAAAAGUGAACUCUAUGCUCAGAAUCAGAGUUACCAAUCGAACAACUAAUGAGGUUGAUACACUUUGUGGCGGGGUAGGUAUUUUUCGAGUUAAGCCCUUUUUGAGUUAAGCCCUUCUUGAGUUAAGCCCUGCCAUGCUCUUUUUCGCUGGGGGCUUAACUCGAUGAACAUAAGGUUGUUUCAGCACUUUGAGUUAAACCACAGGCCUUAACUCGUAGUCAAAUGUAUUCAUUUGGCAAAUCAUGUCAACCAUAAUAUGUCACGUACCAUGGCUUUAAACCUGAUAAAAUACUCCUAAUUAGUAUUCUACAUAUAAAGAAUAAAAAUAAGGCAGUAUCUAUUGUAGUUGUGUUCUCAUUAGUAUUCUUUAUAAUUUAUAUAAAGAAUAUUAAUAAGGCUGUAUAUCUAUUGAAUUUGUAGUCGUGUUUGAAGCCAUUUCUUACGAUUUAGGAUGGCAGCGCGACGGCAACAGCUACCAAUACAUUAAUCAUUGAAAGGAAUUGAAUAAGUACAAUGCAUGAAUAAUUUAGACUUUUUCCUCGCUCUGUUUACAAUGCCAAAUCACAGAUUUUUACAUUUUGAUACACUGCAUUUCAAGCCACAACAAGUACAACUUCAAACCAGUGAUGUUUUCCAGGGGGAACGCUUGGGAACGGCGUCUCCCCACCUUUUUUACCACAGGAACGGCACCCCCUGCCAAAAUCAAACAUGGGGGAACGCCUUUUCCCCUGGCAGGGAUUAAAUAUGAGUGAAGUUCAGUGAAUGCCAUUCGACACUGUCCAAAUAAUUUUGGGUAUUAAUCACUUGUUCUAUAUAGUAUUUUUACGUGUUAUUUUUGGCAAUAAUUGCUCAACAUCCUAUGUGGAAACAAUUCAGAAUGUUAUUUUGUCACUAUUUUAAUCUCCCUGAAAUUUGAUAGCUUGCAUGCAGAAAAUUCUAGCAGGCUAGCACAAAAAUACUAGAGUCUUAAAUAAUUAUCAAAUACAUAUUCAUUAUCAGGGCCGCCGAGAGGUUGGCGGGGGCCCGGGGCAAAUUUUUUUGGGGGGCCCCCUAUCCAAAAAAAUUUUCUGGAAAAAUUUUUUUUACGGAGAACAACCUCCCCCCCCUCCUGCCAAAAAAGUUUUGGUCAGUGUAUCAUUUUAGGGGUAGAAAAAUUUUUUUCCGUAGUAAAAAAUUUUUCUGGACAAGUAAGUUGCAAUUGCUUUCCAGGGACUUUAUCUCAUUUUUUUAUGCCAAAUUUCGAUACUUAGCCCAAGAAAACAGAUAUCUUGUCCUUUGCGUGGAAAUAUUUAACACACAAAAAAGACUGGGGCCCAACAAAAAUUUUUCAGGGGCCCCCAGCACCUCGGGGCAAUUUGCCCCCCCCCCCUGCGCCCCCCUUCUCGGCAGCCCUGUUCAUUAUAUUGUUUGUUUAACUAGAGAGUUGUUCAACUAAUGUGACAUAUUUUGACUAGCAUGUCUAUUAGACUAAACCCCCGCUUGUUUAAUUUCAUGGCCAUUGGCCUCCCCCAAUUGAGUGGCCACGCCCAUUUGAUUUUCAAGAGCGUCCCCCCACUUCUAAAAUUAGCAAAAUAUCACUGCUUCAAACUGCAUUCAGCCAAACACCUCCCAACCAUAAAACUCAUGUCUUCAACUUCUAAGACUGUAUUAAAUUCAUACGAUUGAUAAUAUACGACGAAUUAUCUUUACUACCAUUUAUUUGAAGGAGUUUGUUUGGCCGUCGUCGUUGCGUUGCCGUCCUAAAAUCGUAAGGUCUCUAAUAAACUCGCAGGUCAUGUUUUAUUAGGUCUAAAGCUUUAAACCUAAUAAAACAUUCUUGCUUGUUUAUUAAACAGUAUGUCAAGUAACGAUUUAUGUAUUAAACAAGUGACGCGUGUAUACUCGCAAAAAUGCUGGCAAAUAAAGAGGGAGAAUGUAAAAUUUCAGCAAUUUGAAAAUAUAUAUUUUACUAUGUAAGACCUCUGUUGCUUUCCGUACAGUUUUAUAGAGAAAAUAACAGCUGAUUAAGGGCGACAAUUACGGCUUUAAAAAAUAAAUAAUAUCUAGCAGCACUUGCAGAAUGCAAAUCGUAGGCAUUACCUUUCUAACUGACUUACUUGGCAACAACAAGAUCUAGGACUAGAAUAUUAUGUAAAUUCCUUUUAUCGUUUUCAUCUUGCCAAGAACCCGUCAGGGAAAGAACAAACAGGAAGAACAGUAAUAUUGGCAUAUUAUAAAUGGAUAACAGAUACAAAUAUUUCCACUAAUUACCAACUGCAACUAAUAACAAUUAACAACGGUACUAUUUAUGUACUAUUUGGAUAUUCUCAGAAUGAUGAAGAAUGAAGUUCUAGCUAGUAAAACCAUUUUCUAACAAAACAAUUCAGUAUGAUGUCACGCUCUAUUCUUAUUGACUAGUAUUCAAGUCCCCUACUUUGGAGAAGAGAUAUAUCUUUAGGGAAGACUCGCAUAUGUAUUUUGUCCACGAGAAACGUCAUAUGGACGUUUCUCUGGAGACCCCUUCACCCCUAUCGAUACAUGUAUUUUGUUCUUAUACAGUAGUACACAUAAGAUAAUUUUCUACUAUUUUUUGCGGUCGGCUAUUGGCGAUGCUUCCACCAACAUUUACGGAUCCAAUUUCAAGUUUCGAAAGUUGUUGAGGUGUACCGAUUACAAGAAAUUCUGUUUUCGUAUCUUUAAACAUUAGUUUGUGAGAUACCAGCCAAGCACGGACAUCAGAGAUACAAUCUUCCAGUGCAGACAGAGUACUCUUUUGAUUAGCGUCGCAGUCCGGGCGAAAGGAAACGUAAAGUUGUGUAUCAUCAGCAUAACCAUGAGAUGAAGGCAAAUGUCUGUCUAUAGUAUAAUGUCAUGUAAUUGGGAUACGUAAAGUAAAAAAGUAUAGGGCCAAGACAGCUCCCUUGAGGAACCCCAUACUUGACAUCGCAGACUUCAGAAAAAUUGUUAUCAAGGUCAACUCUCUGCUUUCUGUUAGAGAGAAAUGACUUUAUCCAUUCGAGAGCUUUGUCCGUCACUCCAAAUUGAUACUCCAGUACGUCAAUAAUAGUUUUAUGAUCAAUUAUGUCAAACGCCGAGCUUAAAUCCAAUAGCACAAGGAAACAAACUUCUUGCCUAUCCAUACUCAGAAGAAUAUCAUUUUGCACCUUUAAAAGAGCUGUCUCAGUCGAGUGAUACUUCCUGAAGCCAGAUUGGCAGAUUGGAAGUGGUGCAUUUUUUCACAAUGGCGCAGCAAUUGGUUAGCAACAGACCUUUCAGUGGUCUUUGAGAGAGAAAUAACAAAUUGGACACUGGCCUAAAGUUCUCAAAUAAUGGCUCCAUACUAAGCUUUUUCAAAAUUGGGUUCAGUAGAGCAAUUUUCCAGUGAUCCGGGACUCGACCCUCUUGCAAAGAGAAAUUUACAAUUUUAGUAAUAGAGGGUACAAGUUCAAGAGAACAGAGUUUGACAAGCCAUGGUGGAAUCGGAUCAAAUUUGCAACUGGCACUGGACAAUUGCAUAAUAACAUCAUGCAUAUCCUGGAAAGAAAGAGACUCAAAAGAUUCCAGUUUAACUUCGGGAUUCCGGUAUUCUACCAACGGGGGCUCAACAACGAUACGAUCCACAUUUUCUCUAAUCAAUUCAAUUUUGCGAAAAAAAUUCAUUGAAUGUGUUAGCAAGUUGACCAAGAUCGUUAUGUGGAGGUAAAGGAUCUUCCUGAGGUGCAGCACAAAGGGAAUUCACAAUUCUGUAAAGUUUCUUUGGAUCAUGAGAGUUAUCAUUAAUGAGGGUAGUAUAAUAAUCAGUUCGAGCUUUAUUCAAUAAGUGACAAUACCUGUUACAUAUCUUUCGAUAGGCAAUCCAGUCCAGUUCUAGUUUUGUUUUCCUCAUCUUUCUCUCUAGACUCCUAUACGCUUUACUUUCAAUUGUCUUAGCUCAGCAGUGUACCAAGGAGUUGAUCGCUUAACUUUCAGCAUCUUUCUUCUGACAGGGGCGUGGUUGUUCAAAAUACGUGAAAGUUCAUUAUCAUAACACUGCGUCAGUUCAUCAAGAUUUACCAUGUUUUCACAAAGAUAAUUCACACAAUUUAGAUCGGCCUUAAAGGUUAAUCUUUUUCAUUUCACGAUAAGAGAUUUCCUUUUUGGGGUGCAUCGGACGGCGAAUCGAUAGUUUACAUUCAACAAAACAGUGAUCAGAUAGAUAUAAUGUGCUCUCAAUUGAGAGAAUGUUGAUGUCAGUUGUAGAUCGGGUAAUCAAUAGAUCCAGUAUGUGGUUCGAAGAAUGAGUUGGAGUACUAACAUGCUGUUUAAGGCCAAAUGUUACAAGCAUUUCAUUAAACUUCAUUGUGUUUGUGUUAGCUGUAUCAUCCAAGUGAAAAUUGAAAUCCCCAGAGAUCAAUAAUAUUUCUGGGCACAAAACAAUAUCCUCCUCCAAAUAGUUUGAGAAUUCAUAAAAAAAUUUCCAGGUAAAAUUGGGUGAGCCACGGAGUACGGUGGACGAUAAACCGCAAUUAGUUUAAUAAUAGAAUGAUGGGAUAUAGAGAAAUUCCAUUCGGAAUAUUCAAAGGAUUGGAUAUCCCCACCACGAGAAAGGGAGACAUUUAAACUAGAGUUGAACAUUAUACCUGUGCCUCCUUCUGAUCUGUUGGAUUGACGAGGGAAUGAUUUAAAUGAAUAACCUGAUUGACAAAUGCAUGCAAAACUAUGAAUCAAAUUCUAUAAUCACUAACUUUUUAAAAGCUAUCAGCACCAAAAAAGAUUCUUACUUUGGUUGAAUUAAGGUCAGCAAAAAUUUGCCGACCUAGGAGGUUGAUAGGUCCAGUGGCGGAUUAUCUAAGGGGUAAAAUGGGCAUUUGCCCCCAGGUCCCAGAUUUCCACCGGCCCAAAAAAAAAACCGAAUAAAAAAUAUUGUUGGUGGAUUGACUGCAAUAGCUUUUAAACAAGGAAAUCUGUAAUGAGGAAAACUUCCUUGUCUUAUUAAUUAAACUGCCCCAAUUAAUAUUUUUAUAAGGAAUGUAAAACUUGUAUUCCAAAACUCCUUCAUGAGUAUUGAUAACCUGUAAGCUAAGAUUCUUGAACAUUUUGCUGUUUCCUUAUGACAUUCUGACGAAUCAGUGUGUUGGUGUACCCCAGGGCAUUUGUCAUAAUUUCUUUGGCCUCGUGUUUGGUAUUGUUGUGCUUUUUCUGCCUGGCCCUGAGGAAUUGUACACAAUACUACAAUGGACUGAGAAUGAGUCCACAUGGACUGAGAAUGAGUCCAUACAUUUAAUAUUCUAGAACAUUUGGAACACUGUUCUGGAAUGAUAUGAGUGCACACGGUGUUCUGGAACAGUGUUUAGUUUGUUAUAUAAUAUAUGCGUGCACUCUACGCAGUGUGCAUUGGAUACACACAAUGUGUGGUCUCCAUUUCCAAUAACAUGAAAAUGGGCGGUGUCACGUGUUCUGUUCUGGCUGCCCCUACUCGAAAAUCGGGUAGUCAGAACAGUCAGUAAAUCGAGCAGCUUGCUGGGGUUGCAAUCUAAAUAUAAGAGCCAUUUCACUUCCGCCUUUGUAGUGUACAUGUUGUGUUGUACUGUAAGUUGUGUAUUGCUAGUAGCGGCAGUUCCCGAAUUAUGGACAAAGACGACUAUAAUAUUUAAAUUUCGUUACUUUUACGUGAUUAUCAUGCAGUAAAUCUAAUGAAAAAUGCAUCCUUUGUAACAAGAUGUGUCAUAUUAAGCUGUCAGUGUUACAUUAAAUAGAUCUUAAAUCUUAGUUAAUAAAUUAUCGUAAAAACAAAGAAAACUCAAUUUUAUUGCCGUAUUUGCUCAUAAUUUGGUAACAGCUGCAGUAACACAGAACAAUAUACAGAAAACGAGAACAGACUACAGAAGCAGAAGUUGGAAGGUUUCCCUUCAAACCCUUCCUAUGUCAGCCAGCAUUGUUGGAUGGUGUCGCCUGCCAGAUGAACAUUUUGAAUAAAGUCAAACAUUAUCCAACGUCUUCCAAUAUCUGCCAACAUUAACAAACGUUGUAUUCAAACUGACCCAACAAUGUUCCAUUCAAUGAUGAUGUUGGUUCAACAAUGUGAAAAUAGCCAUCUUACAAGUCAAAUCAAAGCAUAAUUUAUCCUGGAUUCCUAUCUCCGAGAUAAUCUGUCUAAGAGAGGCAGUGAUGACUUACAAGUGUAUCAAUAAUCUUGUUCCGGAAUAUCUAUCCUCAAAUCUUGACUCUUGUAAGAUUAAGAAUAAAGCUUAUAAUACAAAAAGCAAGGACGAAUUGAAACCGCCUAAAUGUCGUAUAAAAAACACUGUUCAAACGCUCUUGGAAUACGCUUGAAGAACAGGAGAGACAGUUAAAAUCUUUACCCCAAUUUAAGAAAGCAGUGAAGAAACGUCUUCAUGAAAAGUUUUCAAACAUUUCAACUUUGAAAGGAACUUAUUUUUAGAUUUUAGGAUGUACAUGGUUGUUGAUGUACUUUUAACAUUUUAAUAUUUGUAAUAACUUAUAAUAGGUAUUUGCUUUUUAUAUUGUAAAUUUCAAGACGUAAUAUUGUAAUUUAAACCUGAAAAGCCCUAUGGGGAGGUUGAACAAAUCUACUACUAUACUACUACUAGCUAUCCUGCUCUAAUCUGUAACCCCAUGCAGUUUACGUUUUCUGCCACCUUACAGCUUUAAUUUGGGAAAUAAAAGAAAACAGCCAUAAACAGUUGAAUUAUUUCAUACGAAAUCAGAAUAACUGCACUGAUUUAUUUCCUUAAUUAUCGCAGUUUUUUAUAAUUAUACGGUGAGGUGGCCUUGAGACCGAUUUGUUUUCAAUUUUGUAUCUUGUAUUUUCAUUUCAGCAUUUACGAAAUGUCGUGAUUGAAGAAAAUCCAGGUCUCACAGAGAUUCCUGCCCGAAUAUUUGCUCAGAUUUCUUUUUAUGAAACAUUGAUUGUUUCAUUUCAUUGUAUCACGCAGAUUCCGCAAGAGCUUCCACUACAAUUACCUCACUUAGUUCAUCUUAAUUUAAACUUUAAUAAAAUCACCAGCUUGCCCGAAUCAUUUGGUAUGUUAAUUCACCUUGAAGUACUUGAACUGUCUCACAAUGUGUUGUCAAAGUUACCAAGCUCAUUCUCACUAUUAAAGUCGCUUCAAAAGCUCGAUCUUUCUAACAAUAAACUAAGAACAUUUCGUGACGAUAUAGAAAAGCUUCAAAUGUUGAAGAAACUUAAUCUAAAUAAUAAUCUGCUGGAACGAAUACCACUUUCACUUUGCUUGAUCGAUAGUUUAGAGGUUGUUGUGUGUUUGAACAACCGUUUAAUAACACCUCCUCAAGACGUUUGCAAUGAAGGCCUUGUUGGCAUUAGACAAUAUUUUGAAAAGGAAAACGCAUUACAUUCACCACCGCGAGAAGAUAUUGUUAAUAUAUUUCCACGUAUACGAAAAAGCGAUGCAUUUACUCAUCCAAACUUGAACACAGCUAUGACACAAUACAACGAAAUGCAGUCGCAAAGUUUUAAUAUGAAAAUGAAAGUGAAGACACCGCUUCUUCCUCCAUCACUGGCGACAGCUUUUCCACCAGAUGAAUUAGCCAACAAAAUUAUUGGGUGUAUUUAUGGUGCAGCUAUUGGGAGUGCUCUUGGCGUCUCGACUGAUUUCUUAAGCAAAAAUGAAUGUGCAUUUUAUUAUGAUAAAGAACAACUAAGUUAUAGUGACAUCAUAAAUGAUGUUCACAGAAGCAGUUUGAAGAAAGGAUGUUGGGCACAUUCAUUUGAUCAAAUGGUGAGUAUAUUUAUUAUACGUAGGCGAAGUAUACUAAGAGAAGUUUGA